AUGGCAUCCACGUUGGAUUGGGGCAGUCGACUCAGACCAACAACCAGCGGCAUACUGACUAACUGUGGCGGAGUAUGGACCCCUUCGGUGACUGCUAGGCCGCCCGAGGGUAGCUGCUCUGAUUGGCUCAUCACUGGAGAGCCCUCUCUAGGAGACGAUGGUCUCGAAUUCUCUACUGGCAUCCCUACUGACGUACCCCCUUCCUCCAGCAUCCCCAAUGACGUGUCCCCUUCCUGCGGCAUCCCCAACGACGUGUCCCCUUCCUCCGGCAUCGCUACUGACGUGCCCUCUUCCUCCGGAAUCCCCAAUGACGUGCCCCCUUCCUGUGUCCUCCCCAACGACGUGCCCUCUUCCUCCAGCCUCCCCAACGACGUGCCCUCUUCCUCCGGAAUCCCCAACGACGUGCCCUCUUCCUCCGGAAUCCCCAAUGACGUGCCCUCUUCCUCCAGCCUCCCCAACGACGUGCCCUCUUCCUCCGGAAUCCCCAAUGACGUGCCCUCUUCCUCCAGCCUCCCCAACGACGUGCCCUCUUCCUCCGGAAUCCCCAAUGACGUGCCCCCUUCCUCCGGCAUCCCUAACGACGUGCCCCCUUCCUCCGGCAUCCCCAAUGACGUGCCCCCUUCCUGCGCCCUUGUUAUCAUCGUAGAGGACACCGAGGGAGUCCUUUCCGUUGUAAUGCCCCCGACCACUGCGGUCGUCUGA